GCCCUCCUCAGUGUCUCAUACCCAUUUAGCCCAUCCCCACACUCAUAACCCCUCCAGCAGUCCUCAGUUUGUUCUCUGUAUUUAAGAGUCUAAAAAGCUAGUGGUUUUUGAACAAUGAUUAUAACUCUUCCUUUUAUUUUCUGCAUUAUUUAAGCUGUUACUUUUUUCCUGUAAGUUUUAAUUUUAAUCCCACUUAGUUAACAUACAGUAUUGUAUUAGUUUCAGGUGUACAGUAUAGUGAUUCAGCAGUUCAUACAUCAUCCAGUUCUUAUCACAAAUUCACUCUUUAAUCCCCAUUGCCUAUUUAACCCAUUCCCCCUCCCCUCCCCUCCCCUCCCCUUCCCUCCCCUCCCUCCCCUCUGGUAACCAUCAGGUUGUUCUCUGUAAUUAACAGUCUGUCUCACAAUACCACCAUCUUCCAGUAAUUCGCCAAAAUGACCAACACAAAGGGAAAGAGGAGAGGUACUCGCUAUAUGUUCUCUAGGCCUUUUAGAAAACAUGGAGUUGUUCCUUUGGCAACAUACAUACGAAUCUACAAGAAAGGUGGUAUUGUGGACAUCAAGGGAAUGGGCACUGUUCAAAAAGGAAUGCCCCACAAAUGUUACCACGGAAGAGUCUACAGUGUUACCCAUCAUGCUAUUGGCAUUGUUGUAAACAAACAAGUUAAGGGCAAGAUUCUUGCUAAGAGAAUUAAUGUACAUAUCGAGCACAUUAAGCACUCAAAGAGCCGAGACAGCUUCCUGAAGCGUGUGAAGGAAAAUGAUCAGAAAAAGAAGGAAGCCAAGGAGAAAGGUACUUGGGUUCAACUGAAGCGCCAGCCUGCCCCACCCAGAGAAGCACACUUUGUGAGAACCAGUGGAAAGGAGCCUGAGCUGUUCGAACCCAUUCCCUAUGAAUUCAUGAGAUCGGUAGAGCAUGUGACUCUUGAUCUCAGGAUUGUAAAUUUGAACCUCAUGUUGGGUGUAGAGAUUACCAAAAUAAAUAAAUAAAUAAAUAAAAUCUAAAAAAAAAAAAAAUGGUUAAGGUAGUGAAUUUUCUUAUGUGAUUUUACCCUAGUUUAAAAAGAAAAGAAAGAGAAAAAAGGUAUGGAAUGCUGUCUAUGGAAAGGUCUGUAAGAUACGUUAAGUGUACAAAAACCUGAUGCAAAAAGAAAAAAAGAUAAUUGACUAUUUAAAGCAAGAUAAGGGAAAUAAAUUUUGGGGGUUAUAGCAUAUGUGAAAACUAAAAUAUGACAGUAACAUAAAGGUUAUGAUGAGGGAAAUAGACCUAUGCUUUGAAAAGUUCUUACCUUGUACCUAGUUGAUAUCAUUUAAAGGUAGACUUUGGAAAGUUAAAGAUGCAUAUUGAUUUAGCCCCAGAGCAGUCACUUAAACAAAAGUAAACAAAGUGUAAAUAUUCCAAUUAAAAAGAUCGUUUGCCUUUUAUGUGUCCAGUAUAUGUUGUUGUUGUUUUUUUAAUGUUUUUACUUACUUUUGAAGGAGAGAGAGACAGAGCAUGAGCGGGAGAGGGGCAGAGUGAAAGGGAGAC